CAUAUAUAAAGUACUGAAUUCAGACUUUCUUUACAAACCAUAUUUGCUUUCACAAUGAUUGCUUUCAUUCUUGCUUUUGUAGCUGCAGCAUCUGCUGCACCAAGUGCACCUGUGCCAGCAUUCUACAGCCCUGGACCCUUCAUUGUAAAUGGAGAGGUUGCCACACCACAUGAGUUUCCUCAUCAGCUGUCUCUCCAGGCAGAAGGACUUUUUGGGUGGGGACACAUCUGCGGUGCCGUCCUUACUGAUGCCACCUGGGUCACAACUGCUGCCCAUUGCGUCAAUGCUGAUGGUUACCGAGUGAUUGCUGGAGGCCAAGUAAGGAAUUCAGUUGAUGGUACUGGAAAUGAACAGGUUGUAAAUGUUGCCCAGGUUAUUCAGCAUGAAGAUUUCGAUCAAGAUGGUUCAGUUGGAUUCCCCAAUGAUAUUGCCCUUCUCCGCCUUGAGUCUCCUAUAACUCUAACUGCCCAGCGUGCCACUAUCCCAGUUGCAAGUGGAAGUACCGAUUUUGCUAACCAGAACUGCAUUAUUUCUGGAUGGGGAGAUACCACUCCGGGUGAUGGUGUCCCAGCUACUGAGCUGAGGAAAGCUACCCUCCCAAUCUUGAGUGGAGAUGACUGCCAAGAUUACUGGCUCCAAUCUGACCCAAAUAUGCACAUCUGUAUCUAUGAUCAAAGUGACAACCAGGGAUCUUGCCAGGGAGAUUCUGGUGGCCCCAUGACCUGCAGAGAAGGAGGAAACAAUGUGGUUGCUGGAGUUACCAGCUGGGGAGUUGUUGGAUGUCUCGGUCAACCAUCUGUCUAUGUAAGAACCUCCAACUACAGACAAUGGCUCUGCUCCAACAGUGGCAACACUGUCGCCUGUUAGAUAACUAUUUCUUCAGUGUAACAUUUUUA